GAAGUAAGGUUGGAGAUUUUGAGGUUCACCACGCGCAGAGUACCCACGUCAGAGUCCCGAUCUAUGAGUCCUGGACGUCAUGAAGGCAAGGGUCGUCACGUCGUCACUGAUGCCGUGAUUGGAUCUUUUCUUCGUUGACUCCUUUUGUGACAACUGGAUUCUCAAUUCAUAACCAUCACCAACAUCCCCAAGCAUCUUUUGGUUUCUGUUGCAGGCUUUGAGGCGUCAAGACAAAGCAUCAUUGUUUGCUUUUCCGCUUUCCUUUAUUAAUUUGAACCAUGGCGCUCCAGCGACGCUUAUCAAGUCUCUUGGGAUCCAGAUUCCCCUAUUCUGCCUCUGCCGUUGUUGGCCCACGGACCUUUUCCGCCUCCGCAGAAGAGUCCUCCUCUUCCGAACAACAACAGCAACAACGAGUGACUACCACACUACAAUCGAAUGGCAUUGCCCAUGUCCAAUUGAAUCGUCCCAACAAGUUGAAUGCGUUGGACAUGGCCAUGUUUGAAGCCAUUGCGGAAACAGCCGAACGACUGGCAUCCGACAAGUCCGUCCGAGCGGUGAUUCUGAGUGGCCAAGGUCGUGGCUUUUCGGCCGGUUUGGAUGUCAAGUCCGUUGCCAACCCCAAGAACAACAAUCCAUUGGCAUCCAUUCGAACAUUAUUAUCCAAACGACAUGACAACUCGGUCAGCAAUUUGGCACAAGAUGUGGGGUAUCUGUGGCGUUCCGUACCGGCUCCUGUCAUUGCCGCCAUUCACGGCGUGUGUUUUGGUGGUGGAUUGCAAAUUGCGCUUGGGGCUGACAUGAGAUUCUGUACCCCGGAUGCCAAAUUGAGUAUCAUGGAAGCCAAAUGGGGUUUGAUACCCGAUAUGAGUGCUUCCGUGACGCUACGCGAAUUACUGCCCAUUGAUGUGGCCAAGGAAUUGACAUUUACGGGACGCAUCCUGUCGGGAGAACAAGCCGCUCAAUACAAUUUGGUCACGAGAUGCGUGGACGAUCCACUUCAGGAAGCCGAACAAGUCGCUUUGGAAAUUGUCGAAAAGUCACCCGAUGCCGUGGCGUGUGCCAAGAAAUUAUACCACAAGAACUGGGUGCAUCAAUCGGAAGCCGAUGCCUUGCACUAUGAGAUGGAAUUGCAAAAGACACUUUUGGGAUCCUGGAAUCAAUUGGCAGCAUCGGUGGAUAACUUUGGUGUCAGUGUCCCAUACAUGUCCAGGAAAAAUGAUGAUGGAAAGAAGUAAGCGACGAGCGAGCAAGACUCGACUCUGGCACACUAUGAAUAGUGGGAUACUAGCGUUCCUCCAGAGUGAGCUAGCAUCCCGUACCCAGAUGUGCAAAAUCGGUACCAGUGACUAUUAGAAAAGUUUUCUAGGUCUCUAGCUAGUAGGGGCAUUUUACUUCUUGGACUAUUUGAAAGACUACCGACAUCCUUCAACUAUCUGCUGUCAUACGGUACGAUUCAGCAAUCUGUUGUGGGGGACGGAAAAUGGCUUUAACCGCGCGUGUGCUAGCAUGGCACCGGUUUGAAUGAAGGUCUUCCGAGGGCUGGACCCGAUAGCUCGAACGGGAUCAGCUGAGUUUUGUCCCGUGAAGUGUAAACCAGUGCUUCCCCGUGCGGCUUUCGUGGGCUAUAGAUGCAUCCGUGCUGAUAAGGAUCUUUCGGUAUGGCUAAAGACGAAGGAGUGGUUUUAUUUGAACACUAGCUAGGUAGCUAGAAGACAUGUCUCUUGUGCAGCGGCUGGGGCCAGCAAGACCCAUCCGAAGAGCGGCUGUAUUUCUUAAUUAUCAACUGCGCUGUCACCAGAAAGUGAGAAGGACUUCUCCAAAUCAUAUCUCCUCUGCAAGAUAAGAUCCAAAUUAUGAAGGAGUGUUUGAUUUGCAGCUUCCACAGUUGGUACCAUGAAGAUAGAAUCUAGGCGACCUUCAAAUUGAUACCCUGCUUCAUAUUUGCCCACACUCUUGGCUGGUAGGAGUUUCUUCAGUGUACUCCAGAACACAUUAAACAUAACCCCAGUAUUGUAAGCUUUGACUGCAUGAUACCGAACAGGGUAUGCCCAUACCACUUCAAGCCAUACUCUUUGGAACAUGGAUAUAUCCAUAUGCUUCGUCCAGCUGUAACCCUCACACUCAGCAAUGAAAACAGACCCCUUUCUCAUCAAGGCAAAGUCAACAGUCAUAGCAUGUUUAAAAAAGUAUGCCCCAGCAUUGAAGGUGGUGAACAUUUCAGUCCUUGUCAUCUUCUUGAUGCAAAACUGUGUGACAUCGUAGACCAGAUAAUAGUUACCAUCUUCCUUGUUGAAACUGUAGGACAUGUAGAAUUUUGGGAAUAGCUUGAUGAGUUUUGCC